AUGGGCACCGUCGCCAACCCGCCCACGAUCCCGGAGGGCGCCGAGCGCGCAACCGUCGCGGCAGGCUGCUUCUGGGGCGUCGAGCACCUCUAUCGCAAGCACUUUGCCGACAAGGGGCUUUACGACGCCCGCGUGGGUUACAUAGGCGGGGACACGGCAAACCCGUCGUACCGGGCCGUGUGCAGCGGUAACACCGGCCACGCCGAAGCCACCCUCCUAAUCUACGACCCCACCCGUCUGUCAUACACCCAACUCCUCGAGUUCUUCUACCGCAUGCACGACCCAACGACUCUUAACCAGCAAGGUCCCGACCGGGGCACACAGUACCGCAGCGGCAUCUUUUACCACUCGCCCGAGCAGGAAAAGAUUGCGCGGGACGUGACACGGCGGGCUAACGAGCAGUGGUGGGGCGGGCGCAUCGUCACUGAGAUCUUGCCGGCGAAGCAGUGGUGGGACGCCGAGGACUAUCAUCAGUUGUACCUGACCAAGAACCCGCACGGAUAUGAGUGCCCCAGUCAUUUUUUGAGGUCGUUUCCUGAUUUGAAGUGA